CAUGUUUUUGUUGAUGGUCAGAAAUACUUAUGAUUUUAAUACCAUUUAUUUUGUAUAUACUGAUCUUAAUUUCUGGACUUAAUUUGUCUGAAUAGUGCUUGACAUGUUCAUUAUGCCAAUAAGCGCCGAUGCGCAUCCGUCACUCAGAUGCAGGAUCCAAUGAAAAACCAGCUUGACGUCAGAGCCGCAGUGAGCGAGGAUCCAGGGCGUGAGCGCGCAGAGCUGUUGCCGGAUGAGUGUCGCGCGCCGUCCCUGACCAAAGCAGCACAUGAGCGCGCGUGUGUGCGUGUGCGCUCCUUUCAGAUUAUUCUCAUCAUUUUUAUUAACGAUUGUGAGUGAUUGAUUGAUUUAUAUAUCAUGUCUGUGCUGGAGGAGUACGAGCGCGCGCCUAAGCGCCUGAAGGUCUCCGCUGAAGAUGAGGAGGAGCUGGAGGAAGGCGAGGAGUCAGACUCAGCAUCCGCGGGGCUCAUGGGUGACGAUGAGGAGGAUGAAGGGCAGAGCAGAGCGCGAUGGAGCUCCGCGGACAGGAAGGAUAACGGCUCCGAGACUCACCGCAUCGCUCCGUCUCCCGUCGUUCAUGUCCGAGGAUUGUGUGAAUCUGUGGUGGAGGCUGAUCUGGUCGAGGCCUUGGAGAAAUUUGGAAACAUCUGUUACGUGAUGAUGAUGCCAUUCAAGCGUCAGGCUCUGGUGGAGUUCGAGGAGGUUCAGAGCGCCGACCGCUGCGUGGCGUGCGGCUCCCAGGAGCCCGUCUACAUCGCCGGUCAGCAGGCUUACUUCAACUACUCCACCAGCAAACGCAUCACGCGGCCCACCAACGCCGACGACCCCAACAGCGGGAACAAAGUGCUGCUGCUGUCCAUCCAGAACCCGCUCUACCCCAUCACCACGGAUGUUUUGUACACAGUCUGUAAUCCGAUCGGAAAUGUGCUGCGGAUCGUGAUCUUCAAGAGGAACGGAAUCCAAGCCAUGGUGGAGUUUGAAUCCAUCCAGAACGCCCAGAAGGCCAAAGCCGCCCUCAACGGGGCUGACAUCUACGCCGGCUGCUGCACGCUGAAAAUCGAAUACGCUCGGCCCUCACGCCUCAACGUCAUCAGAAACGACAACGACAGCUGGGACUACACCAAACCCUUCCUGCUGCGACGAGGUACGUGUGUGUGUGUGUGUGUGUGUGUGUGAGAGAGUGUGUGUGUGUGUGAGAGAGAGAGAGUGUGUGUGUGCAU